UUAUAGAGUUGUGAGAAGCGGCAACACUGUUGUUGUUGAUGAGGACGCUGGGCGCCUCGGCCGCGACUCAUCCCAUUUGUCUCCGUAUUUACUGCUAAUUGAUCAUGGAGAAUAAGGAAGUUGCAAGUCUGAAAAGAGCAGCAGAUACUACAGACGAAGAUGACGUUAGGAAGGGAAAGAAGAAGCGGGGGAAGGUGGAAGUUGAGGAGGAGGAAGCAGUGACGGAAGUGAAGGAGGAAGUGAAAACGGAGAAACCUGAGAAAGAUGAGGAAGCAGCUGAAACAGAGCAGGAUGAUCCAACAGUUGGUUUGGAUGGUGCAGCAUUUCAGAGUCGUAUGCCUGCUGACAAGCUGACCACACUUGAGGGCUCACUUUUCUCCGACAUAGUCAAGAGUCCACCUCCAACACAUAGGCUGUUCCUUCACAUAAGGAACAGAAUUCUCCAGAUGUGGCUGGAGUCUGCCCUUCAGGAACUAACCUACGAGGGAGUUAUGGCAGAUCUGGAGUCGCCAUUUAAUUCAGAAGGUGUUUUGUGUGCCCGUAUUCAUGCAUAUCUUGAACGUCAUGGAUACAUAAACUAUGGUGUAUAUAAAAGAAUUAAGCCUCUUCCCCAGAAGAAAUAUGGGAGCAUCAUUGUUAUUGGUGCAGGGAUUGCUGGUCUGGCUGCUGCUCAGCAACUCACAUCAUUUGGAUUUGAAGUUACUGUUUUGGAAGCUAGGGAUCGUGUCGGAGGCAGAAUUGCAACUUUCCGCAAGGGACCAUACAUAGCUGAUUUAGGAGCCAUGGUUGUGACAGGAUUAGGUGGAAAUCCUGUUAAUGUAUUAUCAAAGCAAAUCAACAUGGAAUUAGUACGAAUUAAGCAAAAAUGUCCUCUGUAUGAAUCUAACGGAAACACAACAUGUAAGGUGUUAAAAGACAAAGAUGAGAUGGUUGAGAGAGAGUUUAACAGACUGCUAGAGGCUACCAGCUUCCUGUCUCACCAACUGGACUUCAACUACGUAGAUAAUCGACCCAUAAGCCUAGGAGAAGGUCUUGAGUGGGUUAUUAACCUUCAAGAGAAAAAUGUUAAAGAAAAGCAAGUGACCCAUUGGAAGACAGUUGUUAAGCUGCAAGAGAAGUUGAAAACUGUCUUGAACAAGCUUCUCACCCUUCAUGACAAAAUUGCUCUUUUACAUAAGGAGCACGGCCAGUUAAGUGAAAAGAGAAACUCACGGAACAUUACUAAUGAAUUUGUGUAUCGUGUCAAACUACGAGAGCUCCAGAACUCCUGUAAGGAAUGGGAUCAACUAGUGGAGCAACAACGGGAAAUAGAAGACAAGCUACAGGAGCUGGAGGCCUCAUCUCCUAGUGACGUUUAUCUUUCCUCUAGAGAUAGACAAAUUUUGGACUGGCAUUUUGCUAAUCUGGAGUUUGCCAAUGCCACUCCUCUUAACAACCUUUCGCUAAAACACUGGGACCAAGAUGACGAUUUUGAAUUUUCAGGCAGUCAUCUAACAGUUCGAAAUGGAUAUUCCUGUGUUCCUGUAGGCUUGAGUGAGGGCCUGGAUAUUCGACUCAAUACUGCUGUACGCAAAAUUACGUAUUCUAAUUCAGGUGCUGAAGUGACAGUUUCGAAUGCUCGUACCCACUCUAACCCUGCUACUCUCAAGGCUGAUGCAGUGUUGUGUACAUUGCCUCUCGGUGUUCUGAAACAGUCAGUGUCAGCUAAUCCGAGCACCCCACAUACAGUCUCAUUUAAUCCUCCUCUACCGCAGUGGAAAGCUGAUGCCAUUAAUAGACUUGGCUUUGGCAAUCUGAAUAAGGUUGUUUUGUGUUUUGACCGUGUAUUCUGGGAUCCAAAUGCUAACUUAUUUGGUCACGUUGGUUCAACUACUGCCAGCAGAGGUGAAUUAUUUCUGUUUUGGAAUCUAUAUCGAGCACCAGUUCUUCUAGCCUUAGUUGCUGGUGAAGCUGCUGCAAUAAUGGAAAAUGUCAGUGAUGAUGUUAUUGUAGGCCGCUGCAUUGCUGUUCUUAAAGGAAUAUUUGGAAAUUCAGCUGUACCACAGCCAAAGGAAACUGUUGUGACACGAUGGCGAGCUGAUCCCUGGUCAAGAGGAUCAUAUUCCUUUGUUUCUACUGGAGCAUCUGGAAAUGACUAUGACAUCCUGGCUACCCCAAUUUCUCUUCCUCAACCCAAUCAGAAUUCUCAGAACUCUCAGAACUCUUCAGACACUUCCACUCCUCCACCCAGAUUAUUCUUUGGAGGAGAACAUACAAUCAGGAACUACCCAGCCACUGUUCAUGGAGCCUUUCUCAGUGGCCUACGUGAAGCCGGUCGAAUUGCUGAUCAGUUUCUAGGCUGCCCAUAUGCAGCCCCUCCUCCACCUCCAACAAAUGGAACAGCCAAUAUUGAAGCAUGAAUUAGCAAGUGAAAUUUUAUGUACAGUAUGGAGUAACAAUUUUUGUGAUGUACCGAGGAAAAAUAUGAACUUUUUAGGUUUGUAAUUUGGCUGUUCCGAAACAAAUUAUAUUUCCUUAAAAUUUAGUUAGUUUCUAGAGUAGAGAAAUUGUAAAAUUGUUGUAAAAGCAAAAUGAUUAGUUGUUUGUAAAUUCAUUAAACUUGUUGUUCUGUAUUUCUCAUGUCAAUAAAAUUAACAACCAACCUUGAACUAGUAGGAAAA